GGGGCCGGAGCAACUCGCGCAGCCGGGCCGGGAGGGAAGCAGGAGAGCGUUGGGCGACCCGGGGCUGCCCCCAGAGCGGCUCACCCGCGGCGGCAGCGCUGGCAACGAGGAGGCAGUGUGAUAUGCACCUCGGUCAGCCAGAGCAGGACUGAGAAGAUCUGAUUGUUGUAAGGUGAUUUUCCAUAUCCCGCAAUGGCAGGAGAAGAAAGCACCGUCCUCUUGGAAGCACUGGAAGGUCUCACACUGGAAGACUUCCAAGACUUCAAGAAAAAGCUGCCACACGUUGAUAGCAAAGAAGGCUGGAACAUUCACAGGGAUGAGCUGGAGAAGUUCACCCAUCCUCCCACACUCAUCAGAUUUAUGCACAACAGCUAUGGGGAAGCUGCUGCUAUGGACAUUGCCAUCGGAUUGUUUGAGGAGAUGAACCAGAAGCACCUUGCUGAAAAAAUCCUUGAUGAGAAGGUGAAAGAGUACAAGCAGAAAUACAGAGAGCACGUGGCCAGAGAGUUCCUGCAGUACAGAGAGGUGAAUUCCUGGCUAGGGGAGAACCUGUCUGUGAGCGACCGCUACACCAACCUGACCAUAGCCAGGAGGUCUUGGAAUCAGCAUGGAGAUGAGCCUGGAGAUGUCAGCUCUGACACUGUCACCACACAAACGCUCUUUGAACCCAGCAAAGACGGCCAACUGCAGCGGAUCACAGUGCUGGUGGGUGCCACUGGCAUGGGGAAGACGAUGACAAUCCGGAAGGUGAUGAUGGAUUGGGUGGAAGGGACCCUCUGCACACAGUUUGACUAUGUCUUCUGCAUAGACUGCAAGGAGCUUUCCUUUUCCAAAGAAGUGAGCAUGGUGGACCUGAUUUCAAAAUGCUGCCCUCAACAGCGAACACCAGCUGGAAGGAUUUUGGGUAACCCGGAGAAGAUCCUGUUCAUCUUUGAUAGCUUUGAGGUCCUGGGAUUGCCCUUGUCUCAGCCCAAGGACGAGCUGAGCACUGACCCCACAGAAGCCAAACCACUGGAAACCACCCUGCUAAGCUUGCUCAAGAGAAAAGUCCUCCCUGAGUCCUCUGUGCUCAUUGCCAUGAGACCAACAGCUCUCCAGAGCCUGAGGCAGUGCCUGGAGGGUGAACAUUAUGUGGAAAUUCUGGGGUUUGCAACAGCUGCAAGGGAGGAGUAUUUCCACAGGUAUUUUGGGAACGACAAUAAAGCAGAUGUGGCCUUCAGGUUUACCAGAGGAAAUGAGGUCCUCUACAGCUUGUGUGUCAUCCCCAUCAUGAGCUGGACUGUCUGCACCAUCCUUGAGCAAGAGCUGUUCAAGAGGAAUCAUCUUCUUGCAUGCUCAAAGACCACCACACAGAUGAUCUUGUUCUACCUCUCCUGGUUAACAAAGCACAGAGUCAGUAAUGCCUGGUGGAACCUGCAGCAGUUCCUGCACAAGCUUUGCUCCUUGGCUGCUGACGGCAUCUGGAAACACAAGGUCCUCUUUGAGGAGAAGGAAAUUGAGGACCAAGGCUUGAAUCAGCCAGAGCUUCUCUCCCUCUUCCUCAAUGAGAAAGGUUUGGAGAAAGGUACAGACCACGGGAACGUCUACAGCUUCAGCCACCUGCACCUCCAGGAGUUCUUUGCAGCAAUGUUUUACGUCCUGGAGGACCAGGAGGAAAUGCUCAGUGACUCACGGAUCCUUGCGAAGGAUGUGAAUAUGUUGUUAGAAAGCUACCACACGUUUAGGACGGAUUUAAACGUGACGGUGCGGCUCCUGUUUGGUCUGGUGAACCCCCAGUCAGUAGAGUAUGCAGAUGAAGGAAUUGGGUGCAGAAUUUCAUUGCGACCUCGGGAAGAUCUGCUGAGGUGGCUUCAGACAAGACACAGAGACCUUUGCCAUCCCCGUACAGGGAUGACAGUUGAGGAUUUGGACACUUUCCACUUUUUAUUCGAGACAAACGAAGAAAGCUUUGUGCAGAGCGUGUUGGGCAGAUUCACAGGAAUAGCCUUGCAGGGCGCCAAGCUGACGCUGUAUGACCAGGUGGCUCUUUGCUUCUGCAUCAAGCAGUGGGCUGGGCUGCUCAGUGUCACCCUCCGGAGCUGCUCCUUCCACCAGCAGCAUCGCAGGCAGGAGCCAGCCAAGGGUUUUCCCUGGCAGAGCUGGCGGCAGGAGGAGCUGCACUCACCUCUGUACCCACUGUGCCAGGCACUGGGGCACCCAGGCAGCUUACUCCAGAGCCUUAGGCUGCAGUGGUGCGGGCUGACAGAGGGUGACAGUAAGGCACUGGGGACACUGCUGGCCACACUCCCCAGCCUGGUCCACUUCGAGCUGGGCGACGGAGCGCUGGGUGAUGAUGGUGUGAGGAUGCUCUGCGCCGGGCUGCGCCAACCUGACUGCCGCCUGCGUGUCCUGCGGCUGCGGUACACCCACCUCACCAGUGCCUGCUGCCAGGACCUCACCGUAGCACUGGGCACCAGCACGUGCCUGGAGGAGCUGGAUCUGUCCUUCAGCGCCGGGCUGCGGGACGACGGCGUGACGCUGCUGUGUGAGGGGCUCCAGCACAGCAGCUGCCAACUGCAGGUGCUGCGGCUGGGGAGCUGUAGCCUGACCGGCGCCUGCUGCCAGGCCCUGGUGGCAUGGCUUGGGCACAGCCACAGCCUGAAGUGCCUGGACCUGACUGACACUGAGCUGGGAGCUGGGGCCUCGCUGCUGCUGCGGCAGCUCCGCCAUCACAACUGCACGCUGCAGACGCUGGGGCUGAGCACAUCCACACUGAGCAAGGAUGCGCUGCAGGAGCUGGUUGCCCUGCAGGCACUAAAACCCAACUUGAAGGUCACAGAUCUACUGGAACACGAGGCCCCAGAGACGGGUGCCAUGGCACGACUGACCUUCCAGCGCAGCGUCUGGGCAGGCAGGGGGGCAGCUGUUCAGGGGCGAAAGGGGCUCCCCUCCUGUCGGGGAGCCCCUCCCCACAGUAGAAGCCUGCGCUAGCCGGGCUGUGCCCUGCUCUUCCUACUGGUAACAUUCCCCCCUGGUGCCAAAGGAAGGCCAGCAAGUUUCCAAGCAGUUUGAGGGCUUGAAUAAAAAAGGGACGUUCACACUGAAA